AUGGAAGGAAAGAAAGCGAAGGAGCAGAGAGAAGCAACAAAGGAGCUCGAGCAGAGUAUUCAAAUGGUCAAAGCUCCUUCUGUGCUCGACAAAGACCUAUCACUUACACUGCCUACCAAGGUCAAGGUUUCGCAAAAGCAUAUNACAUUUGAAUUCGAGAGGAAGCGUAAUAGGCCAGAGAGAUAUGACAGGAAUGUAACUGAGAACACUUUGAAGGCCAUCAAGAAAAUUGAUAAAAUCAGAGUUGACAGGGAGGAGAGACAUAUUACAAAGAGGAUGAAAGGAAAGAAAGCCAAGGAGCAGAGAGAAGCAACUAAGGAGCUCGAGCAGAGCAUUCACAUGGUCAAAGCUCCUUCUGUGCUCGUCAAAGAGCCAUCACUUACACUGCCUACCAAGGUCAAGGUUUCGCAAAAGCAGACAGAGGAAAAUCGCAUGGAGGAACGAACAUUUUGCUUCCCAUAUUCUAUAUUUUCAAACUAAAAACACUAAACCAGUCCAUGCUUAUUUUUGCAGUAUGUAUAAUGUUUUGAUUACAUUGACAUGCUAAACUUUCCCUUACCUUCAGAAUAGUAAUGGUUUGUCAACUUAGUCUUGUGUGUAUUGAAAUACAGUAGAAACUUUUGAACUUCCAAUAUGAGUAUUUUGAUGAGGAACCAAAGGGAUGAUAAUAUAUCUUUCACAAGGUUCCUAGUUUGUCAUGA